AUGGCUCAACAUGAGUCUGAUGUUCAUGCCGGCGACGCAUUCGUCGGUAUUGACGAUGAUGAAGAAAAAGCCCGCGCCAUUGCAGAAAAUGAUCUGCAAGGCUCACGCAAGCAAGCAAGUAACCUCGAUCACCCAAGGACAUAUAGAGGCAUGGUACUUCUGUGGCUCAGCUUCCAGGCUACAGGCGUCAUCUACGGUGACAUCGGUACCUCGCCUCUUUACGUCUACUCGUCCACCUUCUCGGCUCAGCCUUCUUGGCAAGACCUCGUCGGCGCCCUCUCGAUUAUCAUAUGGUCUCUGACUCUCAUCGUCACCGUCAAGUACUGCUUCAUUGUUCUGAGUGCCGAUGACGAUGGCCAGGGAGGGACAUUCGCUCUUUAUAGUCUCUUGGCGAGAUAUACGCAUAUAUCAAAACGAGAUCCAAGGGACUUGCCUGGUAUUCGAUUGCAGCGGUUCAAAACGGGUGAUCUCAAGACUGGCGGCAAGAGUCUUCGUGGGCUUCUCGAGAAGUCCAGGGCGAUCCAAUUCUUCCUGCAAUUCAUCGGCGUCUUGGGUGUCUCUAUGGUCAUGGCUGACGGUGUGCUGACACCAGCUCAGUCUGUCCUAGGAGCUAUCCAGGGAAUAAAAGUCGCCAAUCCAAACCUCGGAACCUCUGCUAUCGUCGGAAUAUCGUGUGGCAUACUUGUUGCACUCUUUCUUAUCCAGCCAUUUGGCACAUCAAAGAUCGGUACCAUGUUUGGGCCGGUUGUCGUCAUCUGGUUGCUGUUCAACCUAUGCGCUGGUAUCUACAACCUCGCUGUCCACGAUUACACCGUCCUCAAGGCAUUCAGUCCACAUUUUGCCUUUUCAUAUCUUGUGCGCAACGGCCACGAGGGCUGGAGAUCACUAGGCGGUCUGCUCUUAGCUUUCACGGGCGUCGAGGCAUUGUUCGCGGACUUGGGGGCAUUCAGCAAACGCGCAGUACAAAUUUCGUGGAUCUUCCUGGCCUAUCCUUGCCUCCUAAUUGCAUAUAUAGGACAGGCUGCGUACAUAUCUCGCGAUGAUACGAGACAAGCCUUCACGAACCCCUUCUUCAAUACAGUACCCCCAGGAACUCUGUAUUUUAGCUUGGUCAUCGCGAUCCUCGCAGCGAUUGUCGCUUCUCAGGCUAUGAUAACUUCAACCUUUCAGCUUCUUACUCAGAUCAUGAGGCUCUCAUACUUUCCUCAUGUCAAAGUCAUUCAUACUAGUCAAACCUUCCACGAGCAGGUCUACAUACCCAUGGCAAAUUGGCUGCUUAUGAUUGGUACGGUUAUAAUCACAGCAGUAUACAACAAUACCACCUCGCUAGGCAACGCAUACGGCGUCUGCGUUAUCACAGUCACUUUUAUUACGACAUGCAUGGUUUCUCUUGUCGCAAUCCUCGUCUGGAGACUUCCCGCGUACAUAGUCGUGCCCGUCUGGCUCGUCUUUGCCAGUUUAGAUGCAGCCUUUCUAUCUUCCGUCUACGAAAAGGUUCCAGAUGGCGCAUGGUUCACUCUUCUCCUAGCUUUCCUCCUCUCCUGCCUCUUUACCCUGUGGCGUUUCGGAAAAGAGUGUCAGUGGGAAGCAGAAUCUCAUGACCCGGUUUCACCCCAAGCCCUCUUAUCUCCAACCACUGCGACCAAAGGCACUGUAGCUUUAUCGCCUACAUUUGGUGGGACGCCUGUCUCUACUGUUCCGGGGGUUGGGAUUUUCUUUGACAAAUCUGGUAUCGCCAAUACUCUUCCUCCGUCGUUUUUCCAAUUCGUCAUCAAGUUCGCCGCGCGACCUGCAGUCGUCGUUCUCUUCAACAUGCGCCCACUUCCGGUACCUACAGUCCCAUUGACCGAUCGUUAUGUCAUAAGGCGCGUCUCCGAGAUUGACUCGUGUUAUGCUGUUACACUACGCCAUGGCUACACAGAUAACAUUUUGUACCCGGGCCUCGCUCAGGACGUUGUUCAGCAGAUUGCGAUUUCAAUCGCAAGGGGUCGACGCAACGAUACGACAGCUCUCGAGCUAGACGUGAUGAAAUUUUCGCAGAACUCUCCAACUGUGUACAUACUUGGUAAAGAGACGAUCAAAAUUGGCUGGCCAAAUGUUCUAUCCCCCAAGGCCUAUCUCCGGUCAUGGCUGCUGUGGGUCUUUCUCUGGUUUCGAGAAAACUCUCGAACUAAGCUUGCCGAUCUCGAUAUUGAUGCCGACAAAGUAGUCGAAGUUGGGUUCAUCAAAGAACUGUAG